GCGCGUUAGGCGCGGGCCGGGCCGGGCCGAAGCGAGCGCCGGGCGGGCAGCGGCGCCAGAGCGAGUGGAGCCUUCAGGGGUCCCCAGGUGGUGGCGGCGGCGGCGGCGCAGAGGAGGAAGGCGGCGGCUCUCCCCUGCCGGCGCGCGACCCGGUCCGUCCCGCGAGCUCGCGCCGGUCCCGCGGCCCGGCCCGGCCCCGGCCCCGGCCCCUCCGCCGCCGCCGCCGUCACCGCCAUGGCCCGGCCGCUGGUGCCCAGCUCGCAGAAGGCGCUGCUGCUGGAGCUGAAGGGGCUGCAGGAGGAGCCGGUGGAGGGCUUCCGGGUGACGCUGGUGGACGAGGGCGACCUGUACAACUGGGAGGUGGCCAUCUUCGGACCCCCCAACACCUACUAUGAGGGCGGCUACUUCAAGGCUCGCCUCAAGUUCCCCAUCGACUACCCAUAUUCCCCACCAGCCUUCCGGUUCCUCACCAAGAUGUGGCACCCAAACAUCUAUGAGACAGGGGACGUAUGCAUCUCCAUCCUCCAUCCCCCAGUUGAUGACCCACAGAGUGGGGAGCUACCCUCAGAGCGGUGGAACCCCACGCAGAAUGUCAGGACCAUCCUCCUGAGUGUGAUCUCCCUGCUGAAUGAGCCCAACACCUUCUCGCCUGCCAACGUGGACGCCUCGGUGAUGUACAGAAAAUGGAAGGAGAGCAAGGGGAAGGACCGCGAGUACACGGACAUCAUCCGGAAGCAGGUCCUGGGGACCAAGGUGGACGCAGAGCGCGAUGGCGUGAAGGUGCCCACCACGCUGGCCGAGUACUGCGUGAAGACCAAGGCGCCGGCGCCCGACGAGGGCUCAGACCUCUUCUACGACGACUACUAUGAGGACGGUGAAGUGGAGGAGGCCGACAGCUGCUUUGGGGAUGAAGAGGAUGACUCUGGCACCGAGGAGUCCUGACCCACGUCCCUGAAAUAAACUUACAAAUUUUACCUCAGCAGGACCCGUGUGGGCCUCAGGCGACAGACUACCUCACCGAGGUUCAAUGUGGGCUCCCAUCCCAUGAUCCUUAGGUCCUCUUACCCUGUAUUCCCCAUGGGUUUUCCUCGGCUUUGGAGAAGAGCUGUGGUGCAGGGCAGACACCCCACUCAGCCUUCAGAGGAUGACAAGCCUGGGAGGCUGGGGACCGACUGCCUGGGGGAGCCAGAGACUCCAGCCCAAAGAGGGCCAGCCCCACAGUCUCCUCUCUGCUUUUGGUGUGUGUGAAAUCCAAAUAAAAUAGCUUUCUGAGAAGCUGA